GGAAGUAUUGAAAAGGAGAAUUUGUAACCUUUUACAAGAACGAGAGGAGAUGAGUCAGAAGCCUAGAGAGUGGAUUUUCCGCAGAGCUCUGUCUAGCGAGUUCAUACUUGAAGGCACUUCAUUCAGGCAUGUUGUCUGGAUUCAUUUGGAAGACAUUCUGGCAAAUAUGUUUGCUCAAAUUCUAGCAGUAAUUGAUGCAAACAACAACUUGGAUCAUAUCACUCAAGAAACUCCUAUCUCUGACCUCUGGCUCCAGAUGUUCAAAGAUGAAUCAUUUCUGAAGAUUAAGUAUACCAGCAAGGCCCCUGAUGCUAAGAUUUCUGUGUUAUCAAUGAGCGAAGACCCCAGCAGAUCCACACAGUGCUGCUUUCCAUUCAGCUGGGUUCUGAAAGCUCGCCUGGAUGAGAUAUGGGAGACAGUCCAUCGGGCGAAAGAUUAUCCAAAGGACCCUACUGUGGACUCUGCUGAGAUGUUUCAAAGCUCUAUCUCGAAAAUGCCAGUGCCAGAUGGCAAUAAUCCAGAAAUGGUUCAGCGUUAUGCCAGUGAUUUUGUGAGGAUGGCUUUUCCAGGGCAAGAUGUUCAGGUUUAUGAGAUUUUGUCUAACGUUCUCAUAACUGGUGCAAAGCGGCUCUGCGCCUCUUUGCCAUGUGACGACGUGGGGUUUUCCCUGAUUUGGCUGCACAUUGAAUAUUUCUACCUACAAGAGAAUUAUCAGCUGUUCAUCAAUUUAGUGAAGAAUGAGGAGACUCUAGCCAAUGAGCUGCAGAAAGUUUAUAAAGAAGACACAACUAAAAUGUUUGUAUCUCUUGAUGCCGUGAGCAUUGUCCUGAAGCAGCUGCAGCCCACAGAGAAGGAGCUUCUGCCAUUCAGCGCCUGCCUCACCUGGCUGAAAAGGAUCAAGUCCAUUAAGCACAAUGUGGAGCUGAUCACGUCGGACGACUACCAGAUGAGACUGUAUGAUAACAAAGAGGAAUUAUUGAACAGUGUAUUACACCAGUGGAAUUGCACCAACAUCGUCUACCUGCUCAUCGAUCACCUGCUACACGAUGAAACCAACGUGGACGAGAAGCUGCUAAAGCUCGUUGUGAAGCAGUUUGUCUUCCUCUGGAAUUUACUGUACAAAAUUGAAGACCAUGAACCAGCAAAGAUUUUUGACGUUGUGACAAAAGUGCUGAAGAGAUGCAGCAACAAUGCUGCUACCGUCUAUCUUGUGAAGGGCGUGAACGAGUGCAAAAGCUGCCAGAAGGAGAUCACUGACCCGGCUGAGCUGCCCUGCGGUCACAUUUUCUGCACUCAGUGCAUCCAGGAGUGGAACAUCAGGCAGUGCAAGAUCUGCAAGGAGAGCGUCCCUGAGGAUUACGUGCCCACUGCCUCCCAGAUCACCAGGGAAACAGUUGCAAGUCACAACAAAUUCAGGAGGAAGUGCAACUCCUUCUUUGUGGAGUUUGUCAGUAGUUACUGUUUUGGGGACAAAAUCCCUCCAUCUGCAGAGAUCAUCGAACAACUGAUUAAGUUUGUGGCCUGCAAACCUUCUAACCCAGAACAUCAAGAGAUUAGAAAGGUGUACAAACCAACGAGUGACUUGUCGCCCUUUGAAGAGUGCAUGGACCCGAGUCCUACUGUCAAGUCUUCCCUUUUGAAAAUGCUGCUCCGAUGCAGACUAGACGAUGUGAAGGAACACCUGGAAGGCUAUCUCUCCAGGAUGGAGGAAGUAUUAUCAUUAAAUCAAAGCAGUCGCAGUGAUUUCUAUUUCAUGGUAGUGUGCUGCUUUGAGGAUUUUAUGUAUUCCUCCUUUCAAGAAGACGCCAUCCGGAAUUCGGAGCACGUGCUCUCUACUGCAGAUCUGUCUGCUCCCAGCUCUGCCACCGUCACCAGCAUUGAAAACCUGCAGUUCAUUGCUAACCUCCGACUCGCCAUCGGUAACGUUGCAGCUGUUCUUGGCAGAGAGCUGCCAAGUGCUGCAGACCAGAAUCCAGGGACCAGUGCUGAGACUGCAGAGAAACAGUCCCAACUUGUGAAUUCCAUGAAAAAUCUGGUUGAAAAGGCCCAAACACCUUGGCCUCAAAUAUUCCUUAUUAGAAAUCUUUGUAAUUUCUAUGGGCUGAACAUAAUGCAGAAGAUUCUUCAGCAAGAGCCGUGGAUUUUACCCAGAGGGAUUGAGACUUCACAGGACAUAAAAAUCAGCUCCAAUACACCACUGAUGCUUGUGACGCUAGACAGAGCAAGAGGCCACAUUAAAAACACAGACUCUGAAGAAGCCAAGCAAAUAACAGCCAUCACAAAGCACAUGGAGAGGCUCCUCCAGGCAUCGCUGCCCUCAGAAGAAUCCGAGGAAAACAAAUUGGAAAAGAUCAUGAGUGACGUGAGCAGCCAGGAGAACGCAGCCCUGCUGGAAGUGGUGCUGCAUACUGCUGUCACGCUGACCCUGUCCCAGCACCCACUCACCGAGCUAUUCAAAUCCAUCUGCUUCCAGCCCAGCGCUGUCAAGGGGACCUACCUUCCGACCAUGCCGGGCGACCUUCUCUUCGACGCGAUGAACUGGGAAAAUGUUGGCUCUACAAAGAUGUGGAGAUGCCGAUGCGGGCAGUACUGGCGCGUUGAAAAUUGUGGACUGCCCAUGGAGAUUAUGAAAUGUGCAUGUGGCUCCAAGGUCGGUGGGACUAAUCACAAACCGGUCCAGGGAUUUGAGGAAGUAGAUACCACGAGGGAUAAAACAGAGAGAGGCUACGUGCUGGAGAGUCCGUCCGCACGGAACAAUGAGACAGAGAGGGAUCUGCCUGCAACCGCAGUCUGCAUUGCCAGAGCACUGCUCCAUUCUUCAAUGCUCCUGGGGACUUUUACCGAUAGACAGUCCAUUUUGGAGCUAAUGAAAGAGAAGCCUCCAGAUGCAGAAAAGUUCUUUUGUGACCGCCUUGAAAAAGACAUCCAGUUCCUAGCAGAGUCACUUAGUGGAAACAUAGACGAUGCAACGAUGACAGUCCACCUGUUCCUCAGAUACAUCCUCGACAGCACAGCAGACACAAACAUGACCAUUAAAGUCAUGCAUGAAAAAGAAGACAGAGUACGGUGGGAAAGCUGCUUAAAAGCCAUAACUCAGUCGUUCUUCCAGGUGCUGGAGCAGAAACUUGCUUCUGCAAAGCAGCAGAUUGUAGAGGAGGGAGCUCACAGUUCAAAUGUUCUCCUGAAAGUAGCCUACGGCCAGUCCCCGCCUUUCAGCCACCUGCCGACCUGCGGGCCCAUCAACAUGCCCUGCAUGUGGAGAUUUGAACAGAGGAUGACAGUCCAGCGCCUGACCCAUCUGGUGCAGCAAGAAAAUGGAGAAAACCAGUUCCCUCUGCUCCUGGCACUCCUGUCCAAGCACCAGCACAUCCGACACAUACGGCACCUGCCUGAAAUUCUCACUCUGCAGCGCUCUCUGAUCCACUGUUUCCAAAACGGCGAUAUCCACGAAGGUGAAAGGCUUUCUGUGAGAAAGUUCUUGGAACGGGACGACCUCUCAGAUGAUCAGCGUUUGACUUUUGAAAGAGCCAUACAGACUGUUCAGAAAGUGUGGAGCAAUAUAAGAUCAGGCCCCAGAAGCUCAGAAAUCAGUAUCCCUAAGGAACUAUGGUGCAAGGAGAUCAGCGCUGACACUGACAUCCUGGACCUCUUGCCAACCACUCCAUCCAUAACUUCCAUUGUUACAAAAUUCUUAAUAUGGCUCCAGAACAGCUGUAUUGACACAGCUGCUCAACUCACUAAGGAAAAGCAAAGGUCCAUUUCAGCGGAAGAGGUGAAGCUCACCUCUGUGCUAAGUGUUACCGAGAGCGAUUUGAUCACCAUGGCGCUGUCAAAUUUCCAGUACGUGCUAGAGGAAGAUAGAACCAAAACCACCCACUAUAACUUCCUGACUCUGCAGAGGCAAGUGAUUCAUCGCUUCAUCAGCGGGAAGCCUGUCGUGAAAGCCCAGACAAUUCCGUCCAUUGCGCUGAACAAUGUGAAGACUUUGCACUCCACGAAAGUGAACGUUAGAGAACAAUUGCGCCAGGAACCACUGAGUGUGAGUCUUAUGAAACGCAUCAUGGAAGAGGCUGGUUCAGUGAGCGACAUUUCCAGAGCACUCUCCACCCUGAAAGUGGCUGCGGAGUUCCUGGCUGUGACUGGAGGGGACCCGGAGCGGCUCCUGACUGAGUAUGUCAGAAAUGAGCUGAAGAUGGAGGCUAAUGCAAAGCAGUUCAGAGACUUACCAAUUGUCCCACAAACCCAGCUGAAGCACAUCCUGUUUCUGUGGCAGAUCCUGUCAGCAAAGAGAUCAGCGCUACUUGUACAAAUGAACCAGAAUCCCUUCUUCCUGAUAGACAAGGGCUACCAUGAGGAGCUGGCUGAUCAGGAGAAGAAGAAGCUAACAACUGCAUUAUCCACUGUCAAUAUUGAGUUCUUUAUCAUCGAGCUGCACGAAAUGAUCACAGUGGCAUUGGAAAGCUAUGAAAACAGUUGGGGGAUAGUGGAGACCUUUCAAGAAUAUUUAGAAAAAGAGGGAAAAGAAGAAAAUUACAUUGUGAAUCUGACCAGCGCUGUGAGCCGGGACCUUUGUCUGAAGAAUGUCAUUUCAGUGUGGAAAACUGCUGUGCUAAUCAACAAAACAUACGCCCGCUUUCUCAGAGGGACAAUUCCGUCCAUUGCCCUGAACAAUGUGAAGACUCUGCACUCCACGAAAGCGAACGUUAGAGAACAAUUGCGCCAGGAACCACUGAGUGUGAGUCUUAUGAAACGCAUCAUGGAAGAGGCUGGUUCAGUGAGCGACAUUUCCAGAGCACUCUCCACCCUGAAAGUGGCUGCGGAGUUCCUGGCUGUGACUGGAGGGGACCCGGAGCGGCUCCUGACUGAGUAUGUCAGAAAUGAGCUGAAGAUGGAGGCUAAUGCAAAGCAGUUCAGAGACUUACCAGUUGUCCCACAAACCCAGCUGAAGCACAUCCUGUCUCUGUGGCAGAUCCUCUCAGCAAAGAGAUCAGCGCUACUUGUACAAAUGAACCAGAAUCCCUUCUUCUUGAUAGACAAGGGCUACCAUGAGGAGCUGGCUGACCAGGAGAGGGCGGAGCUGACAACUGCAUUAUCCACUGUCAAUAUUGAGUUCUUUAUCAUUGAGCUGCAUGAAAUGAUCACAGUGGCAUUAGAAAGCUGCAAAAACAGUUGGGGGAUGGUGGAGACCUUUCAAGCAUAUUUAGAAAAAGAGGGAAAAGAAAAUUACAUUGAGAAUCUGACCAGCACGGUGAGCCCAGACCUUCAGCUGAAGAACAUCAUUUCAGUGUGGAAAACUGCUGUGCUAAUCAACAAAACAUACGCCCGCUCUUACAUACAAGAGUGAAUGGGUCCUUGAAUUGUUUCCUGUGGAUACCAGAACCAAUUACUGCACCCAGCCUGUAAUUCACAGCAAUUUAGGAAGUAGAGUUUCUUUGGGAAGUGAGUCCACUCAAAUCACCAGGCCGAUGCAUCACUUGAAUCAAAAUAAGCCUUCAGUCGGAUCUAAGUGAUGCCUGAGCCUGGGCAUUUGAGCGGAGAUGUUAUGGGCAUGACCAGCUAUGCGAGUGUUGCUAUGCGCGUUGCUUUCUGCAAGCGGGUGAAUUUCACCCACCGAGACCUACAAAUGGUGGGCAGGAUUCUUGUGCCACUAUGGCCUUGUCAACAUGUGGUGCUUUAACGCUGCCAGUCUAGAGAAGGGGAGUAAGCGAUACCUCUGUAAGGGCACUGAUCUGUAAGGGGAAGCACUGGAGCCCAGUGGCUAGACCCGGCGAGUGGGACCCAGGAGACCUAUGUUCUGUUCAGUAAAAUGGGGGAAAUGACACUGAUCUGUUACAUAAAGUGCUGUGGCAUCUGCAGGUGAAAAGCGCCAGGUUCUAUCAUACGGGUGUAACUGUCCCCAGCCUAGGGCUGGCCCGGGUAUAGCUAUUUUGUAAAAUGAUCACACUCCUCACUGACACGGUUACACCAGCACAACUUCCGAGUGUCGGCCAGGCCUUGCACUGAGCAGUAACCACUGGAGGCAGCAGGGCUGGUUCUCAGCCUGGCCACUCCUGCAGUCAUUUGUGCCUGAGCAAAGCGCAUGUAAAAUGCCACCAAAUCGGAAGGAUCCUUGCAGCCACGUUGCCCUAUCUUGGUGCAAGAACAACACAAGGUGCAAAGUGGAGGAGACGACCCCAUGGAUAACAGAGCAUUAAGCCCCUAAUUUUUAAAGUCUGUGAUGAAUCAUCUCAGCCAGGGAUUCUCAGACUUGGUCCGAAUCGCCCUCCAUUGUAUUCUAGCUCUUUACCUGUGCUUUAGCAGAUGGACUCACCAGUUCUUUCUGGCAGUGUCAUGGCAUGCACCGUACUACGGACUCUGUGAUCACAGUGGUCCCUUCUGGCCUUACAGUCUGUGGGUCUCUGCUCAGUGCUUUGCAGCUAAAGAAAAAUGAGGUGUUAGAAAAAAUAUUUGCAUCUAUAGUUUCCUGCCUGGCUUUCAAUGCAGACAUUUCCCUGUGCCUCUCAAUAAACAAUGGACCAAGAAAGUG